UGAUUCAAUAAAUUUGAUUACCAUCAAAACUUAUUGAGAUUUCAAACAAAGUGACGACGAAUUUUGCGGUGUUAAAGAAAGAAAGAAAAAUAGUAAUAUAAAAGUAAUUGAAUAUGGCUUCUGAUGAAAAAACUACACACGAGGCAUAUACAGUCUCUCAACCAACUUCGCUUCCAGUUCAAAUCGAGUCAUUGGCUUGUUAUGAUAACAAUGUGUUGUUGGGAACGCGCCAGGGCCAUUUACUUUCUUAUGCAGUUGAGCAAAAUCUCAACGAAUGUAAAAUGGACCUUCAACUAUUACAAUAUGAUAAAAAUUUCAGUAAGAAGCCCAUCACGCAAAUCGACGUCAUACCCGAAUAUCAAUUGCUCUUCAGUUUGACCGAUGGACUUGUUUCCAUUCAUGACAUCGCUCGUCAUAAUUUUCCAGUUGUACAUUCCAAUAGUAGUACAAAAGGUGCAUCAUUAUUUGCUUUGAAUGUUAACCGAUCCACAUCGUUAACCGGUGAAAUGGCAUUAGUUGUACGACUUUGUGUAGUUAUUAAACGACAAUUGCAAUUUUGGUAUUGGAAACAUGAUAAAUUACUUCCAUAUCGUGAAGCUAUUCAACUGGAUGACACACCAAGAGCAGUAGUUUGGUUUGAAAAUUCAGUUUGCAUUGGUUUUAAAACGGAUUACAUCGUUUAUGAUAUUUCAUCAGAAAAACCACAAAAAAAUGAACUGUUUCCAACGAGCUCGUCGAAAACAAUUGACCCCUGUAUUGAAAUUAUCAACGAAAUGUUUGCUGUUGUGAAAGAUGAGUUUCUCAUCGCUGUCGAUCCGAAAAGCUCAAUUUUGCCUGACUCCAAUAUGGCGAGUGGAAAAAUGCUUAAGAAUCAAGUGACUCAAGACAAUGCAAAUAAAUCGUUCAAGUCUUUUGCUUGGUCUCAUCCAGUUAAUCAGCUUGUAUGGGAUGCACCGUACGCCAUUGGACUACUACCCAACGGCGUGGAAGUUCGCGUGUUGGAUGCAUCCGGUUCGAUGAAAGACACUUUCAUUCAAAGCCUAUCAGAAAUACAAAAGGCAAGACAUUUGGUUAGAUCGAAAAAGGGAUUGCUUUUUGCCGCAUCGGUUACACAGCUCUAUUGCAUUCAAGGAGUUGAUAUACAAAAGCAGUGUCAAAAUCUUUUGCAACACAAGAAAUUUCAGUUAGCUUUACAGUUGACGGAAUUAUCGUAUGAAAAUUCUGAGGAAAAAGUGAAAGAAAAACAUCGCAUUCAAACGUUGUACGCUAUCGAUCUGUUCUCUAAUAAAUUUUUUAAGGAAUCAAUGCAAGAAUUCAUAAAAUUAGAAACUGAUCCAUGCGAUGUCAUUCGAUUAUUUCCAAACUUAUUUCCAAAAGACUCGGUCGCAACGAAGCUAAAUCAGUCUUCAUUGGCAAAGUCAAGUCUACCGAUUUUAGAUGGUAAAGAUUUGGAAAUGGCUCUAUUGGCAUUGAUUGAAUACUUGACCGAAGUUCGAUUUGAUUUGCUGCGCCAAAUGCAGAACACAGAUAAAAAGAGUUCCAGCAAAAACUAUUUACUCUCAAUCAUCGAUACAACCCUUUUGAAAUGUUACUUGCAGACGAAUGAUUCACUAGUUGCAAGUGUGAUUCGUAUGAAUCAUUGCCAUUUGGAAGAGUCCGAAAAAACACUACAACAAUAUGAAAAAUAUGGCGAAUUAAUCAUUCUCUAUCAAACAAAAGGCCAUCACAAAAAAGCCUUACAAUUGCUUCAAACACAAGCUGAAGUCCCAAGUUCGAGUCUAUUCGGUCAUGAACGUACUGUUCAGUAUCUUCAACAUCUUGGACAAGCCAACAGACAUUUAAUAUUUGAGUUUGCUAGUUAUGUCAUAGAGAAAAAUCCCGAAGAUGGUCUGCGUAUUUUCACCGAAGAUGUACCCGAAGUUGAGAAUUUGCAUCGUGCUGAGGUGCUUGACUAUUUGCUGAAAAACCACAAGGGUCUUGUUACACCGUACUUGGAACAUAUCAUAUUUGUGUGGAACGAAAAGAAGGCUCUAUUCCAUAACAUAUUGAUUCAACAGUAUCGCGAAACAUACAAUGAAUUGCGUGCCGACAUAAAAAAUAGCCCAACUGGCAGUGAUGUCAAACAAAAAGAAAUUGCCAGCCAAAAUGUCCGGGACAAAUUGAUUGAUUUUCUCAAAAAAUACGAUCACUUGCAUCCAGAAACAGUUUUAAAGAAUUUUCCUGAAAACGAUUUGUUUGAAGAGCGCUCAAUCAUCUUGGGAAAACUCAAGCGCCACGAAAAAGUGUUGGCAAUUCAUGUUCAAAUUCUUGGUGAUGUAACGAAAGCAGUAGAUUAUUGUGUUAAUGUGUAUAACUCUGAUCCGGAUGCAGCAAAAACUAUAUUCAUCCAGUUAAUCGAAAUACUUUUAAAGCCGCCAACAACACCACCAUACACAGGGGUCGAUUUGCAUCCAAGAUGCCUUCAACCAAAUGUGGAUGCAGUGUUGGAGCUGCUCGAGCAACAUGCCACCAAAUUUAAUCCGUACUCUGUUUUACAAAUUCUACCCAGUGAAAUUCCCAUCAUACGUUUGCGACCAUUUUUGGAAACGGCUUUGCAUCAUUCUCUCGAACGUCGACGCAACAAUCAAGUAUUAAAAGGUUUACUUUACGCAUCAAAUCUUCAGCUUCAAGAAAAACGUAUGCAUGUUGAAUCGCGAAGCGUUUUAGUAUCGGAGUUUAGUGUUUGCCCCGUUUGUUCCAAGAAAUUCACAAAUCAAAGUGCAUUCGUUCGACAAUCAAACGGAACAAUUGUACACUAUUCAUGCCGCGAUCGCAAUUAUCUCAAUUAAAUUCACAUCAAUAAGAAAUGAAUUAACAUUUAAAAAUUAUAGUUAGUUAAACAAAAAAUGGUUAUUAAAUGAUUAUUUUAAUUUGUGCA